CAACUAAAGAGUCCAAUAAUCUUCAAACCAGCAAGUCCAAUGUUAAUUAAGAUAUUUAGUAUGCUUUACCUAGGUAAUAUUCUUUAAUAUGUGCUUUCUAACAGCUUAUCAAGCUAUUUCAUUCUAAUUCUAAUCUUUAGUAUUCUAAUUUCUAGUUAGUUCUUUUAUAAAAGAAUGCUACCUAUAACUUGCUUACAGAACACCGGCCAGUUAGUAUAGUUAUAGCUUUUCUCUCUCACAACUUACAAGCAAACAAAGAUACUCGAAAACAAACGGGCGGGCAUUGUUUUACUGAUGUCAAGCAAAAUAUAUAACAAAUAAACAACUUUUUUAAUUGAAUUAUUUUCCCUUUCUCUUAGUACGAAAAGGCUAAAGUCGAAGCUGAGUCACCUGACAACCCGACACCUAUGACGUCGCUUUUCAACUCACAUAGCUGUCCUCCCUAUGUACUUUCCUUAGUCGUGCCUGCCUGCCACUUCUUACGUUCCUUCGUUCUGUCUGACUUACAUAACGUACGUAAAUAACUUUGACAACAUAAUAUAUACGAAUUAUAGCUUCUCUCGUCAACCCCUUUAAACUACUACCUCACAUUAGAAUUUCUCCUCUUACAUAGGUCCCGUCUGGUCACUUUUUGUACGUGUUCACCAUGGCCCCCAUCCCAGUCUAUACGGACAGCCCCAUUGCUGCCGCGAAGGCUUCGGGAGUGACGCCACAGACUGCUCCACCAUCGUCCACUUCAAAGCCAACCCCAACUAGCUCAUUACCUACUUCGUCCAGCCAGGCCUAUCCAUCCGCGCAACCUGGUGCCGUGCCCUCACUUCCAGCCACGACGGCAGACGCCUCUCGAGCACGUGUCUCAUCUCAACCAAUUCAAACGGCUAAUCAUGACGGGCCCCCAGCACCGCAACCUGGGGCCGUCCCUGUCCCAACCGGUGUCGCUAAACCGAAUAUACCACCACCACCUAAAGCAGGUGAGAAGCUUAUGAGCAUACCGUAUCCUCAGCAGAUGGCAAUCCCGCCACCUACUGCACCAAAUCAGUCUCAGCAGCGGGGUACAUCUACAGCCCCGGUGCCUACUUCAGAAUAUAGCCCCCAGGGUUCCGCAGCUUUAAGUGGCCCACCAGUUCAUCAUAGCUUGGAGCACCCUCCGGGAUACCAUCAGAAUUCUAACGCUUCUGAGCUCGGCAAUUAUCAGAGAUCGGCUUUUCAGCGGAGUGAGGUAGAAGAUCAGACAGGGAGUUCAGAAAGUGGAGUUUGGGAAGCUGCGAAGAAAUGGGCUCAUCAGACAGGAGAGAAGAUCGCAGCAGCAGAAACUGAAGUUUGGAAGAAGAUCAACAAGGAAUAAUAUUACCACGAAGAUUAACGUUCACCGUCAUCGACAGGUAGAGUCGGUCCGCUGUAAAUCAGGUUCUCUCGCCAGAAUUCAUCACUGUUAUCAAAGAAAUUGCCAAAGAUGGAAUAUACCACUACACAGAUGACAUAUGUAGUCUGAGACUAGUGCAACUAAAGGAACUAGUGAGCGACUCUUUUUAUCUAUUCAGGUCUCAUAGGGGGUUGUCGUUGAGAGACUUAAUACGAUUAAACAGUAGUUAAAGUAGGGUUAUAAAAACAAAUACAUAUUCGGCCUGUAUAGACAUUACGAGG